AUGGGUGGUGCUGUUUCAAAUUGCUCUUGCUAAGCAGAAUCAAGAACUCAAGAUUUUGGCUCAUCGAAUAUGAAUCCUAAAGUCACUGCUUAUAAUCCUAAUGAAGAAGGUUAACAAAUGCAAGAAGAAAAGAUUUACAAGGCUGAUCCUGCUAUUAUUAUUAAUUAAGCAGUUCCUCCUCCUCCACCUCCUUCAGGUCCAAAAAUUUACGAAUUUAUCAACAGCUACACUCAUAGGAGAUUUUAGCAAGUUUUUAGUGAGCUCAAGGAAAACCAAGUAUUUUUUGACAGCGAAUUUCCUCCUUCUCUAGAUUCUCUCACUAAGAAUUCUACCUUAUUCCCUGAAGCUAUAAAUCUCGAAUGGCGUCGCUUAAAUUAAAUUUUCACUAAGGAAAAAAUUUUAAUUGAUCCUUCGCAAUAAAUUAAAAUAAAUUGUUCUAGUUCUUUGCUUGGGUCUCAUUAUGCUCUUUCGUUUGUGUUAGGAGUUUUAGGUUUUCACUCAGACUUAAUUAAAUUACUUUUUGAAAUGGAAGAGUUUAGCGAAAAAGGAGUUUAUAGUGUUUGGCUUAACUUUAACGGAGAGUGGAAAGAAAUCAUUAUAGAUGACUAAUUACCUUGUCUGAACUCUAAAAAUAUUCCUGCUUUUAUCAAGCCAUAGGGAUUCAGCUCUGGUGGUUCGUCUACUUCACCAGCUACUAAGUUUGAGAUAUGGGCUCCUUUGAUUGAAAAAGCUUAUGCUAAAUUAUACUAAUCAUAUGAUAAAUUAGAUGUUGGAACUCCAGAACAAAUAAUAACAGAUUUGACUGGCUCUCCUUAUAAAAAUGCUCAGACAGUUGAUGCUAAUAUUGCAUGGAAAUUCAUCACUUCAAACUUAGGAAAGAAAAAUAUUCUCACUGGUACUCCCAAAUAACCUACUUCUUCGACUCUCACUGUAACUUCUGCAAACACUGCUACUGCUUCACCUUAAAAAGACUAGUCUGAUUAAAAUAAACCUACGAUUGCAAAGUUCGUAGAGAUCAUCGACGCCAAAGAAGUUGAAGUUAACAAUUUUAUCAGAGAAAGAAUUAUUAAAGUUAGAAAUCCUCUAGGACCUUGCGAAUGGAAAGGUGACUGGAGUGCUACUUCUCAAAAAUGGACUCCGUAACUGAGGGAGCAGGUAGAAACUCUAGAAGAGGGUAUACUCAAUUAAAAUGCUAAUCAAUCUGAUUAAAAUGUGACUUGGAUGCCUUUAGAGAGCUUUUGCACCAUGUACUAGUACGUCUAUUGCAAUUAUAUUCAUCCAAAUUAUUAUUUCUUCACUAGAAAUAUCAUUCCUUCAGCACUUUCCAGUUUACCAUAAAAUAAUAAUGAGUUAAGAAACAGCGGUAUAUUUAACUAGAAUAAGCUCUACAUAAUUCCAAUAGAAGUCAAGGAAGACAAUACACAUUUAUUUAUUUAAUAUCACAUAGCAGAUAAGAGAACUUUUUAUAAACAGAAAGGCAGUUUGUGUGAUAACUAACAGAAAAAUAUUGUCAAACAAUAUCCUCCUGUCAACUUUUUCUUAUUCAAGGGAGAUGAAGAAAAAAUCGUAGAGUAUAUGAGAGAGGAAUACUUCUAUGACAGAAACGGUUGCAUUGAAAAUACUUUCAAUAAAGGAAGUUAUCUUGCAGUGUUAAAUGUAAAGUGGGGAUCAAAAGAAGAGUCUAAAAAUGGAUUAUCAAUUUCAACUUACAGCAGCAAGAGAGUAGAAAUUAAGGAGUAUUUGACCGAUUAAACAAAAAUCGAUAACGCUAUCGACUAAUGCUUGAUGAAUAUCCCACCCUUAAUGAGUAAGGAUAUUCAUAAAUAUCCAGAAGACGUUGACCACAUAGAAAGAUUCCAUAACGUAGCUUUAGGAUACUCUUAUUAUGUUUACACAAAUAGAAGCUAAACAACAACAUUAAAAGAAACUGGAGUAAUGACUGAUAGAAAAUUCUUAACUAUUUGUUACCCUUUCACUAACUCUGACAACUAUACAAUUGAAGUAAAGCCACUUUAAAAAUAAAUUGUAAAAUAUGCAAUUGAUCCUGAAGGCUUCGGCUUAUAUCAAGGUAACCUGACUCAUCAUACUAUAUUCAGCUUCAGCAACGAAGAUCUUUUCCCAAAGAUAAAAGCUGAUUUAGCAAACAAAUAAUUCUAAAUUGUGAGUGGAGAGAAAACUGAAGUUGAAUUCUAUCAACAUCUAUUCGAAGGAGGAUUGGCUAUAUUUUUCUUGAAUAACAGCAAUAAAAUAUAUUGUGAAGACUUUAAAGUGGAGUUGAAGAAUCUAGGUCCUACAAGCGAUGGAUAUACUUCAAAUUAGUUAAUAACAAUCCAAGUUCCCUCAAAAAGAACUAAGCUAUUUGUUUUCCCUCAAAUAGAUCCAAUUACAAAACCCUCUUUCAAAUUCACUUCAAUAUCUAAGAGUUUCAAAACAGAUUGA